GGUACAUCGGUGCCUGUGUGUCUGUGGAUGAGCCGCGCGUCAGGACGGACAGGGGAGCAAACAACAGCCGAGUAACGAAGGGUGAGGUCUGCCGGGCUCAGUCAACAUAGCCAGAAAAAAAUACCCACUACGAGGCUUUUUUUCUGCCAUGAAGUGAGGAGCUCUGCGGUCUGCAAGGACGCGUCUGUUUCGUUGUUUGUCUUGUUUCAGCGAAAAAUACUGAACCUGUCGGAUCCACCGGAAUGGAGACCUGCCGCUGACCGAGACUCCCGAGCUCCCCUGAUAACAACAGGUCUUAUCCACUGAGCUCAUCUUCCUUCCGAAAUCUUUCAACAAACGAAAAAGAGCUGGAGCCGAGACGAUCAAGCAUGGAUGUGCCCAGGAUGGCCGAGGGCCUCUUCAGCAGCACGCUGUCCUCGUCGGGAGGUGGCCAUCACGUGCCUUCCUACCUGACGCUGGAGCAGAAGGCCGCCUUUGUCUUUGUGCUGCUGCUCUUCAUAUUUCUGGCCCUGCUCAUCGUGCGCUGCUUCCGCAUCCUGCUAGACCCUUAUCGCAGUAUGCCGUCAUCCAACUGGACAGAUCACACUGAGAAAGACACGUUUGAUUACCGCAUUGUCUGAGAAAGCCCCCCAAGGGGGUGCAUAAGUCAGAAAUAAACAUUAGAUAAAUUGACUGAUUCGAUUCUCAUAGAGCACUUUGGCCCCAAGAACAAAUGACUGCUGAUUCGCCAGGAAAGUAAAGGCUUUCAGAAAAAGUCCUGAAAGUUUAGACUGAAAAUAAAUUUGACAGCGCAUUGUUGUCCAAACUAAAUCAACAGCUUCACCCUGCCAAAACCUGAAAAAUUCUCAACUACAACUAUAGUAUAAAGAUAACUGAUCAAAUAACACACUGACACGAUGCACCAGAGCUGGUCCAGGUUCCCUCCCCACUUUCCCCUUCCAUGAGUUCUUGUGUGGACUACCUCACUCCUCCUCCAUCUCAUGUCUAGAUGUGAUUUUUCUCGUCUCACACAGGGUCCAAUAUAUCUUUCGAGAAACAAGCCAGAUGGAUUACAACAGUGUUUACAUCUUAUCACGUUUACUUACGUCCUAGGGUUUUUAUUGAUAAUGUAGACAAUCAGUGUUUAAAAUAGGUAAAGUUAAAAAAAAUAAAUUUGCAGUGUAUAGUUGAGGUUGUUGAGGUCUUUUGGUUUUUAUAGUAUUUUGUCUUAGUUUGUGGAAAGGUCCAAAAGACUUUGUGUGACAUGAUUCACGCGAAGAAGAGAUUAAUGCCUUAUGUCUUUGUAAGAUAUGAAAUGGUCUUAACUUUCUAGACAGGAAGGAAAGGCUGUGAGAAAGACUUGUUUGAGGGUCAUAAAGCAGGUUUCUUAAUCACAAAGAAGGAAAUUGCAGUGGAAAAGCUCCCUUUAAUGUUUAGGAACAGCUUGAACAGUCAGAUGCCAGCAGUGAGUGACUUACUGUCCAUGUAUUCACCGUCUUCAGAUGUCAACAAACAAAAGAAGAAUAGAAAAAAAAGUUUACUGUGCAGUACUAUGUGCCUAACCUGAAGAAAAAAAUGUUGACAUUAAUGUUUUAGGAAAAUGAGAGAAAAUGGGUUCAUAAAUGUUUCUUUUGUGUAUGUGUGCGUGUGUGUGUGUUUGAGGGUGUGCAUUUGUAUGUGGUCAUUUGAAAGAAAAAACAAUGAAUUAAACAGCAUUUUACUGCCUGCACUUGGUAUAUUGACAGUUGGUAUGCCAAAUCUGCAGAGUGUUGAUGUGGGAAAUGAAGCAUUUUCACAUCAAACCCUUUACAAACCGAUGUUGUGGCUCUUUUGUUGGGCAACGUUUCAACUGUGCGCCUUAUAGUGUAGAUUGUUUACAGUACCGUAGAUAGCAAAGACACGGAAACACUAUCACAAGUGUCUUUGCUCUUCACAGAUGUCAUACAUGUUAAAAAUUAAAAAAAAAAUUUACAACAUAUUAAAAAAAACCCAACAACAUAUGUUUUCUGAUCUUGUCCCACCCAGGACGUGAACUGUGAGUCUUUUCGCGAUAUGUGAUGUUCUUGUGAUCUGCUGUGGCCUUUAACUGCAUCAUGUAGAUGUUGCAAUGUUGUGCUGAGGUGAUGUCUUCUCUUUUUUCCCCCAGCAUGUAUGUUCUGCAGAAUAUCUUGUCCGUGCAUGAUAAAUGGUGAAGUGCUUUAAUCCUGAUGUUGUAAAGCAGCUUUUUCCCGCAUCUGUACUGGAGCCUUUUGUUUCGAUCUGUUUUCCGCCUUGAGCCGCUGUUCUUUUGUAAUAAAAUGAUCACAGUCCAC